AUGACUGUCCCGUGCUUCGCUUGCGGGUACGAGAUCUGCGACCGUCACCGCCAAGGGGACUCGACGCGCUGGCUUGAAGAGUUUCGGCUCGUUACCAAUCAUGACGGUCUGGGCACGUCCGUGUCGGGCAUCGGGGCCAUGAGCGACCUGGGGGGACGCCGAUGGAUAGCUCCUCUCGACUACGCGAAGCACUGGGCCGACAUGGAAGCACCGACGACUGCUGAGAAGGUUUUCGCCCCCGACGAGAUCAACCCUUCCACCUUGUUUUCGGUGCUGAACAGCCUGCCGGCCGCUAGUGAAGCUACGGGCCUGGACUGGGGGCAUAUGUAUGGGGGACUCCUGAUUGCCGAUGACGAUCAUCGCGACCCUGACGUGUCUGGGAACAGACGUGUGCGUCGGAUCGACUCCGAGGAUCGUCUGGCUGCCAUCGCGAGGCACAAUCCAUUGGACACCAUCAGACUGGAGACCCUCAACUGCAGGAAGCCUGAGAAUCCAGUCCCUGUCCCGGCUGUCAUGGCAAGAUGCCGCAUAGGAAGUCGAGACCCGUUUGCGAUGCUGCCACCAGAGCUUCGUCUUCUGGUGGCGUGCGAACUCCCGACCUCGGAUGUUGCACGCAUCAGGCUCGCAUCUAGAGCCUUCCGCUUCGUCUUCGAUGAAAACCAAUUCUGGGCAUCAAGAUUCACAACCAUCGAUGAGCGUCGCUGGGUCUUCGAGGCGACCGAAUGGUUACAACGCACUGAGAGUAACGGCCAGCCGCUUGACUGGAGGGUGCUGUACCACCAGACCGGCGCUCCAAAUAGUUCUGCCUCACUGCAAAACAGAGAACGCAUCUGGAGGUUACUUGAAGACGCACGCGACGUCAUUUUUCUGCGCUGCUUCGAGGCUCGUGUAGAGUUCAGGAAUUGGCUUAUCCCGGAGGAGCUGGAGUGGACUCGAGAAACGGCCGAGAUACACUGGAAUCGCCGGCGAGAACCUACAUUUACUGCCGGUUGUCGACUAUUCCAUACUCAGCAAGUCUUGAUCCCAGACACCGCAGCAACCUUGGAAGUCUUUCUGGUGCGACUCGGCAAUGAAGACUAUGUGACUGGCUUAGCGUUUCGGCAAGCUCAAGGCGAGGCCGUCGCAUUGGGAUACGAGUCCAGCAGAAGCCAAGUCGUGGACCUGCAAACAAGGCUCUCUGGAAUCAAGGUCGCCAUUGGGAAGCGAGGGGUACGUGGUCUUCGCUGUGUGUUUGAAGAUGGGACCAUGUCAGAGCGGGUCGGAGACUGGGUGAGCGUAUCCCAAACGGACAGCUUGGUAACAGCAGGGCCGAUUGUUGCCUUGGAAGUCGGCUACGAUGGAUGUAAGAUUGUCAGACUUUCCAUUGGCAAAGCCGUGUCGCUCGUUGGCGAUGCUACAUGA